UGGUUAUAAUUCAGUCGCUAGCGAUUGUUGGGAGUGCAAAGAUGUUCUUGACGCAUAUUUGGAUGCAGGUGGCACUGGCCUGGGCGGUGGCGGCCUUUGCCACGGCCACCGUUGUGGUGGCGGUGCAAAACGCGAAGCUGGAGGCGAAUCUGCGCGACGUACAGGAGAAGAUUGACAUCUACAAGGAUGGCGGGCCAAUCAUCCAACGGGAGAGACGCGACGAUGAGAUUGACUAUCGCCUGCCCACGGCUCUGCGGCCCGUUCACUACGAACUCUACUGGCAUCCUGAUCUGGAUACGGGCACCUUCACGGGCCAGGAGAAGAUCACCAUAAGUGUGCUGGAGGCCACAAAUCAAAUCGUUUUGCACUCUUACCUGCUGGACGUGACGAAUGUUUAUGUGCUGAACCACGACGGCGUGGAGUAUGAGCUGGAAGCGGAGCGACAGCUGCUGAUCAUCACGUUGCAGUCGGAGCUGGCCGUGGGUGCCAGCAUCACCUUGGGCGUGCUCUUCAAUGGCAAAAUGACGGACAAGCUGGUGGGUCUAUACAGCAGCACCUACAAGUCGGAAGCGGGAGACCAACGAAACAUUUCGUCAACGCAAUUCGAGCCAGUUUAUGCCCGUCAGGCCUUCCCCUGCUUCGAUGAGCCAGCGAUGAAGGCUACCUUCGCCAUCACAGUGGUGCAUCCGUCAGGCGCUUACCACGCAGUCUCCAACAUGAAGCAAACGGAUUCUACCUAUUUGGGCGAGUACACGGAGGCUGUCUUCGAGACCACCGUGUCGAUGAGCACCUAUCUGGUGUGCAUUAUUAUGUCCGACUUUGCCUCCGAGUCCACCACUGUCAGGGCCAAUGGCAUUGGCGAGGACUUCAGCAUGGAGGCCUUUGCCACGCCCCACCAGCUGAGCAAGGUGGAGUUCGCCUUGGAGUUUGGCGCUGCCGUCACCGAGUACUACAUCCAGUACUACAAGGUGCCCUAUCCACUGACCAAGCUGGACAUGGCUGCCAUACCCGACUUCUCCUCCAACGCCAUGGAGCACUGGGGUCUGGUCACCUACCGCGAGACGGCGCUGCUCUACGACGCGAGCUUCAGUUCGACGCUCAACAAGCAGUCGAUCGCCGCCGUUCUGGCCCACGAGAUUGCCCACCAAUGGUUCGGCAAUCUGGUCACCAUGCAGUGGUGGAACGACAUCUGGCUGAACGAGGGAUUCGCCCGCUACAUGCAGUACAAGGGAGUGAAUGCCGUCCAUCCGGACUGGGGCAUGCUGGAGCAAUUCCAAAUAAUCGCACUGCAUCCUGUCAUGGUCUACGAUGGCAAACUCUCCUCGCAUCCCAUUGUCCAGCAAGUGGAGUCGCCCGCUGAGAUCUCCGCCAUUUUCGACACGAUCAGCUACGAGAAGGGCGGCUCGGUCAUCCGCAUGCUGGAGAGCCUUGUGGGCGCCGAUACCUUCGAGCAGGCUGUGACCAACUACUUGGUUAAGUAUCAGUUCGAAAACACAGUCACGGACGACUUCCUCAGCGAGGUGGCCGCCCUGGUCACAGACUUUGAUGUGAAGCUGCUGAUGCGCACUUGGACCGAACAGAUGGGCUAUCCGGUGCUGAAUGUGUCCCGGGUGGCAGCUGGCUUCCUCAUCACCCAGCAGCGUUUCCUCGCGAACAAGGCCAGCUACGAGGAGGCGCCCGCGGACAGCGAAUUCCAGUACAAGUGGAGCGUGCCCGUCACCUACACCCUCGACUCCUGGGCGGAUGACACGGUCGAGAGCUUGGUCUUCCCCUAUGACAAUGAUGCCGUGGACAUAGCCCUGGACGAUGAUGUGCAGUGGAUCAAGCUGAACGUCCAUCAAUUGGGCUACUAUCGCGUCAACUACGAGGACAGUCUCUGGGAUGCGCUGAUCAAGCAACUGAUAGCCGAUCCGUCCCGCUUCGAUGUGGCCGAUCGUGCCCAUCUCUUGAACGAUGCCUUCGCACUGGCCGAUGCCAGCCAACUGUCGUACCGCGUGCCGCUGGAGAUGACCGCCUACCUGGGCCAGGAGCGUGACUUUGUGCCCUGGUACGUGGCGGCCGAGAAGCUCAAGGCGCUGCAGCGCAGCCUGAUGUUCGACGAGGGCUACGUUUCCUACUUGACCUAUGCGAAGACUCUGGUGGACAGCGUCUACCAGGAGCUGGGCUGGACUGUGUCCGCGACUAACCACUUGAAUAAUCGACUGCGCGUGUCCAUUCUGUCCGCGGCCUGUGCCCUCGGCCUGCCCGACUGCCUCGACCAGGCGGCACAGCGCUUCAACACCUGGCUGCAGAACCCCACAGCCGCCAACCGACCGGCGCCCGAUCUGCGCGAGAUCGUCUACCAUUACGGCAUGCAACAGUCGAGCAGCGAGUCCGACUGGCAGAAGCUGUUCGAGCUGUUCGUCGAGGAGACGGACGCCAGCGAGAAGCUGAAGCUGAUGUACGGUCUGGCGGGUGUGCGGGACGCCCAGUUGCUGUUCACGCUGCUGGAACUGGCCAGCGAUGAGAGUAUUGUGCGCUCGCAGGACUACUUCACCUGUGUGCAGAAUAUUGCUGGCAAUGCCGUGGGCGAGCCCAUUGUGUGGGACUACUAUCGGGAGCACUGGCCCCAGCUGAGUGCUCGUUUCGGGCUGACUAACCGCAACUUUGGCCGUCUGAUUGCCCAAAUCACGAAGAACUUUGCCAGCCAGGUGAAGCUGGAGGAGCUGCAGCAGUUCUAUGCCAAGUACCCAGAGUCCGGUGCGGGCGCCAACUCCAGGCUGGAGGCGGUGGAGACCAUCAAGUACAAUAUCGAAUGGCUGAAGCAGAACAGCAAUGACAUAAGCGACUGGCUGAGCGGCACCUCCGUGCCGUUGACCAAGUAAAAACCCAUUGUAAAGAUGGCCUUUACUGUACUGUACUGUACUGUACAAUAAAUACGCUCAGACGUACAGAGCCAAUUGGCAAUUAUGGUAUCAGAAGAAUCAUAAGCAUUGCAUAAGCGCCAAAGCGAAAUGUCCGCUCAUGUCCGCUCAAUAAAAUAAAAUAAAAUUUCCAAAAUCAAACCAUAA